AUGGAUCAUAAAGCCGGAGUUGGUGCCGGAGAACCACCGCUAUCGGGGACCGGAGAAGUAGCGCCAACUGUUGCCGGAGAAGGAGAUUCGGUAGGGAUCAACGGAGGAGGAACGGCUGCUGGCGACAGAGAUGGUGCUUCAAUUGGUGCUUCUUCUAUAGUCGGAGGAGGAGCGUCUAUUGAUGCCGGAGAAGGAAUGUCGAUUGGUGGCGCCGGUGUAGGUGAUUCUAUUGGUGGAAAAAUUGGCUCCGGAGGUGGAGCUUCUAUAGCUGGCGUUGGAGGCGAAGACGGCAACGGCGGCGGUGGUGAUCUAUGGUUAUGUGGACAAUAUAUUCUGUAG